GGGGUUUUCCAUUAUUUUCUCUAGGAAAACGGUUAGCUUGGGGAUUUUGGAGAGCCUCUCUCUCGUCAUCAAGACGGUGCCGAAAAGUCGUAGAUCGCAAAUCAGAUAUCCUAAGUUAAGCACCGGACGGAUAUGGAUUCUGAAGGUAAGCGGGGUCACGAUGAGUCGUUUGCUUCUCUGAGGCCUGUGUCUGUUCAGGAGUUGAAAGACAGUACAAUUCUGCCAACUUCAGGUAACUAUAACUCGGAGCUUGGUAUCGAGGCAUUGACUCGGGUAGUGAGGGAAGUGCUAGAAAAAGUGUUUGAGGCUAGGACUGAGGAAAGGCUUCAAGCUAGGUGCGUGGAUUGUGGGAAGAAAAGAGAUUGCAAUCCUCCGAGGUUGGAGCCUCGUUCUGUGAAUCAUGUUAGAACGCAAUUAAGUGGCAAUAGUAGUUUUACGGUGGGUGCUGGUAGUUGUGCGAGUGCUCCGUUUUGUGAGCACUGUAAGAAGUGUCAUCCGAGCAAUUGAUGGAA